AUGUCCAACAAUCAGCGAAUCCUCUGCUCUGAGGUUGUUCUCGAGAAGUACGGCAAGGCCCUUGCUGGAAAGACAGUCCUCAUCACCGGCGUUUCCGACGACUCGAUCGCAGGGGAACUCGCACUCCAGCUUUCGGCCGCCGAUCCAAAGCUCCUCAUCCUGAGCGCCCGUGCCGAGGCAAAGGUGGCAGGAAUUCGAGACAAAAUCAAGUCAGCCAAGCCGAACGUGGAAACCCGCUUUCUCAACAUGGACCUGAGUGACUUGGCUGCCGUGCGAGAUGCUGUCGAAGACCUGAAGGAUGUGCCUCACAUCGACCACCUUGUCUGUGUCGCUGGCGUAAUGUUCCCACCUUACAGCAAGACCAAAGAUGGAUUUGAGAGCCAACUUGGCGUCAAUUACCUGGCGAACUUCUUGCUCGUGAAGUUGCUCUUACCCAAGGUCCGUGCUGCAGGACCGGACUCGUCUGUGGUUAUCAUGGCCUCGUCCAUGGCCAGACAAGGGAAGAUGCACUUCGACGACUUCAAUUUCAGUGAUGGUCAAACCUAUGACCCGAUGGUCGCAUAUGGCCAGUCGAACGCUGCGAGAGUCAUGUUCGUCAAGAGACUGGGUGAGAAGUUGAAGGCCGAGAAAAUCCGUGUUUUCAGUGUCGAUCCUGGUGCUGUUUGGACCGGUUUGCAACGACACUGCCCUUCCAACUUCCUUGACCAGGUCGAUGAAUGGAAAAAGACCGGAGCCAUGAUUGACAUGGAUGGAAAGCCAAUGGAAAUUCCCCCUUGGACUACUACCUCAGAAGGAGCCGCUACCGUCAUCACAGGGAUGAUUGACCCUACCAUUGCAGAGUACAAUGGCUCGUACCUCAACCAGAACGCAGUCUCGGACCACGAAUUGCACACCCACAUCAAGGACGAAGGCAACUGGACCAAACUUUGGGAGCUGAGCGAGAGCCUGACUAAGGAGAAGUUUUGUCUAUGA